AGGCCCCAGGAGGGGCGUGACGUCAUCACCGCGCGCCCGCAAGAGCGGCGCCCGCCGGAAGGGGAGGGUCGGUUGGCUCGGUUUCCUGGCGACGCGGCCCUGCUGCAGGCGGCUUCCCGGAGCGCUGGGCCUCCUUUCCUGACGCGUGGGCUGGACCGUCAUGCCUUGGCUGCUCUCAGCUCCCAAGCUGGCUCCCGCCAUAGCCGGCGCCCGCGGCCUCUCAGGUUGUGUGUCAUGUUCACAACGGAGGUACUCCCUCCAGCCUGUCCCAGAGAGGAGGAUCCCAAACCGGUACUUGGGCCAGCCCAGCCCCUUGACACAUCCACACCUUCUCAGACCAGGGGAGGUGACGCCAGGACUAUCUCAGGUAGAAUAUGCACUCCGCAGACACAAACUGAUGUCUCUGAUCCACAAGGAGGUCCAAGGGCAGAGUGGAACAGACCAGACGGUGGUCGUGCUCUCCAACCCCACAUACUACAUGAGCAACGACAUCCCCUAUACCUUCCACCAAGACAACAACUUCCUGUACCUGUGCGGAUUCCAAGAGCCUGACAGCGUUCUGGUCCUUCAAAGCCUCCCUGGCAAGCAGUUACCAUCACACAAAGCCAUGCUUUUUGUGCCUCGGAGAGACCCCAGUCGAGAACUUUGGGAUGGUCCACGAUCUGGCCCUGAUGGAGCAAUAGCUCUGACCGGAGUGGAUGAAGCCUAUACGCUAGAAGAAUUUCAACAUCUCGUCCCCAGACUGAAAGCGGAGAGCAGCACGCUGUGGUAUGACUGGAUGAAGCCUCCUCACGCGCAGCUUCACUCCGACUACAUGCAGCCUCUGACUGAGGCCAAAGCCAGGACUAAGAACAAGGUUCGGGGUGUCCAGCAGCUGGUACAUCGCCUCCGGCUGAUCAAAUCUCCCGCAGAAAUUGAGCGAAUGCAGAUUGCCGGGAAGCUGACAUCACAGGCUUUCGUAGAGACCAUGUUUGCCAGUAAAGCCCCCGUGGAGGAGGCCUUUCUUUAUGCGAAGUUUGAAUUUGAAUGCCGGGCUCGGGGCGCUGACAUCUUAGCCUACCCACCCGUGGUUGCUGGUGGUAACCGGUCCAAUACUUUGCACUAUGUGAAGAACAAUCAGCUCAUCAAGGAUGGGGAAAUGGUGCUUCUGGAUGGAGGCUGUGAGUCUUCCUGCUACGUGAGUGACAUCACCCGUACGUGGCCUGUCAAUGGCAGGUUCACCGCCCCGCAGGCAGAGCUCUAUGAAGCCGUGCUAGAGAUUCAGAAGAACUGCCUGGCCCUGUGCUCCCCUGGGACAAGCUUGGAGAACAUCUACAGCUUGAUGCUGACACUGACAGGACAGCAGCUGGAAGCGUUGGGGAUUGUGAGGAACACUAAGGAAAGUAAUGCCUUCAAGGCUGCUCGAAAAUACUGCCCUCAUCAUGUUGGCCAUUACCUUGGGAUGGACGUCCACGACACUCCAGACAUGCCCCGUUCCCUCCCUCUACAGCCAGGGAUGGUGAUCACGAUUGAACCAGGCAUUUAUAUUCCAGAGGAUGACAGAGAUGCACCGGAGAAGUUCCGGGGCCUUGGCGUCCGCAUCGAGGACGACGUGGUGGUGACUCAGGACUCGCCCCUCGUGCUCUCUGCAGGCUGUCCCAAGGAGCUGAGCGACGUUGAGCGCGUCUGCAGCAGGGCCUCUUGACCGCCGCUGCCCGACGUGCGUCCUGGGCCAUCCCUGCACGUGUGCCCCGAGGGGCUCCUGUGUGCCUUUCUACACGCCUUCCUUCUGCAGUGCAGCUGUUUGCAUGUGUGUAGUCAUGUAUGUGGGUUUUUUAUUUCAAGUAGAGAGAAGUCUGGAAAAGAGAAUUUUUAAAUGGUAUGUUGCUGCCUCUUUGGUAACAUGAAUUCUGUAGAGUUCAGGACCUAAGUGAGUUUAAUUUAUCAACAUUAAAAAGGGUGUUGGUUACGUAUGUCCAUGUAUUCCAGUUACACAUUUAAACAGGGAGAAAAUUAUCUUAUUUUUUCAGAGUAUUUUUGCACUUUGCUGAGAUCCUCCUGAUAGCAUACAGUGUUUGUAUGAUGCCUGUACUUAGAGCUAAUCACCAAAGUUUCUACCUAUGCUGAAGGCCUCCUGCCUGUAAUUGUGGGUGGCCAAUACUUCUCCUAACUCCUGCCUGCCUGUUCCAGACCCUGCAAAUCUCCCGGAGCCACAUGAGCCUCCAGGGCACUGCUGGGCUUCGUCUCACCAUUCAGCCACAGUCCCAAUUCCAACAGCACUGGCUACGGAGCGAGCUUGUCUUGCUGUUUGCCUGCCUGGGACCUAAAAGUGUUUAAAUUCUUGGUAGGAAAUGAAAGAGUAGAAGAGUAGGUAUGUGACUACUGCAGAUCCAGACUUGCAGCAUUUGUUCUCUUCAGUUUAAAGAUGACUCCUGGGGGGCCAUUCGUUAAGCCACCAGUGGAGACGUCUACAACACACAUCAGAGUGCUGGGCUCAGUUCCUGGCCUCAUCUGCCAGUUCCUGCUUCCUGGUACUGAAGACCCAGGAGGCAGUGGCUGUGGCUCAGUAGUUGGGAUCCUGCCCGUCUUGUGGGAGACCUGGAUUGAGUUCCUGAUUCCUGGCUUCAGCCCAGCCCAGUCCCAGCUGUUGCAGGCAUUUGGGGCGUAAACUAAUGGAUAGAAAAAAAUAUCUCUCUCUCCCUCUCUCUGUCUCUCCCUCUCUCUGCCUCUCUCUGUCUCCUUCUUCUCCUUCUUUCUGUCUCUCACAUAAUUUUUUUUUAAGGUGGUUCCUUUCCUAGACAUGCUCUAGGUUCUGAUCAGGCCACUCCUGGAGCGUCUGCACUGGCCUGAGGCAGGUGCUGGACUUGCCCUGUUAAGUCAGAGUCGUGGCACCCAGUUUUCAGAGAAGCACCCCUGUUGUCCACCUGUGAUUUCCUCUAGUUCUGAUUAAAAAAAAAAAAAGAAAGAAAUAUGGGAUCCACCAAGUACUCUGUUCCUUCCCUGUGCUGAUGUCAGCUCUGGAAGGGCAGUAGCAGAGAGCUGUAGCCAGCACUGGAUACAGUUACAGCAACCAGGCUUUGUGGGGAGCAGGGCUGGGGACUGCAGAUGGUCUACUCAGGGUGUCUCUGCUAGAGGGAAGCACUAACCCAGUGUGUUCACCUCCCUUCCAUGUAGAUAUGGGCCCAAGAUAUGCAAAACCUGCUAACUGCUAGAGCAUGAAUUUGAAGUGGGUUUUUUUGGUUUUGUUUUUUUCCAUAUUAAGGUUAGGCACAGGCCGGCACCGUGGCUUAACAGGCUAAUCCUCCGCCUUGCGGCACCAGCACACCGGGUUCUAGUCCCGGUUGGGGUGCCGGAUUCUAUCUCGGUUGCCCCUCUUCCAGGCCAGCUCUCUGCUAUGGCCCGGGAAGGCAGUGGAGGAUGGCCCAGGUCCUUGGGCCCUGCACCCGCGUGGGAGACCAGGAGAAGCACCUGGCUCCUGGCUUUGGAUCAGCGCGAUGCGCCGGCCGCAGCGGCCAUUGGAGGGUGAACCAACGGCAAAAAGGAAGACCUUUCUCUCUGUCUCUCUCUCUCUCACUAUCCACUCUGCCUGUCAAAAAAAAAAAAAAGGUUAGGCACAAGUUGAGGGAUUAACAGUUUCUGCAGUGUUAGAAGUUUGCUCAUUAUUUCAGGAAAACUUACAGUAUAGAUCCAGAAGCCAAUAGGAGACAGAUACUGUCACCAGUGUGAUAGAAAUCACACCCUGACAGUGCUCAUGCAGACCUGCACAGCUUUGCUACCCCUGGCUACGCGGCUGGGGCUUCAUCCCCCACAGCUGCCCUGACUCCCUCCAGCUGCUCAGUCCUGUGCAGUUCCUAAAAGAAGAGGCAAGAAGGAAAUCCACAGCUCUGGCUUCUCACUUCCCAGGCCUCUGAGCCCCCCACGGCCCCCUCCUUGGGUUGUUUCCCUUCUUUAUUUCCACUCCUGGGAAGAAGGACUUUCCCUUUCUUCCUGUAGGUCGUGUUCUGAGGCCUUGAACCUUCUGGCUCGAAGCCUCCCUGGCUUUUACGUAAAGCAGCAUACUUGGACAUGACCCAGGUUGUGGUUAGGGUCCAGUCAAGUUCUUCUGCAGAUGUUACUGGUAGUGAGUGUGACUGUGUGGAAUUCUCCUGCUGGUCUUUAGUUCCUCCCUCACCUCGCUACGUUAACCACAGUGGCUGAGCGUUUGAGUCAGGUGACAGACACAGUGAGCCUCCGUGGCUGUCUGAUACACUCGGGACGUGUUGUGCUACAGAGAAGUACGCAAGGCACAGUGAUCUCCUUCACUCAUUCCUGAGCCGCCACAGCCGCGGCCCGGAUGUCAUUCACUCAUUCAUGAGCCAUACCACAGCCGCGGCCCAGAUGUCAUUCAUUCAUUCAUGAGCCAUACCACAGCCGCGGCCCAGAUGUCAUUCAUUCAUUCAUGAGCCAUACCACAGCCGCGGCCCAGAUGUCAUUCACUCAUUCAUGAGCCAUACCACAGCCGCGCCCGGAUGUCAUUCACUCAUUCAUGAGCCAUACCACAGCCGCGGCCCAGAUGUCAUUCAUUCAUUCCUGAGCCGCCACAGCCGCGGCCCAGAUGUCAUUCAUUCAUUCAUGAGCCAUACCACAGCCACGGCCCGGAUGUCAUUCAUUCAUUCAUGAGCCAUACCACAGCCGCGGCCCAGAUGUCAUUCACUCAUUCAUGAGCCAUACCACAGCCGCGGCCCAGAUGUCAUUCACUCAUUCCUGGGCCAUACCACAGCCGCGGCCCAGAUGUCAUUCAUUCAUUCAUGAGCCAUACCACAGCCGCGGCCCAGAUGUCAUUCAUUCAUUCAUGAGCCGCGCCACAGCCGCGGCCGGAUGUCAUUCACUCAUUCAUGAGCCAUACCACAGCCGCGCCCGGAUGUCAUUCACUCAUUCCUGGGCCAUACCACAGCCGCAGCCCAGAUGUCAUUCACUCAUUCAUGAGCCAUACCACAGCCGCGGCCCAGAUGUCAUUCAUUCAUUCCUGAGCCGCCACAGCCGCGGCCCAGAUGUCAUUCAUUCAUUCAUGAGCCAUACCACAGCCACGGCCCGGAUGUCAUUCAUUCAUUCAUGAGCCAUACCACAGCCGCGGCCCAGAUGUCAUUCAUUCAUUCCUGAGCCGCCACAGCCGCGGCCCAGAUGUCAUUCAUUCAUUCAUGAGCCAUACCACAGCCACGGCCCGGAUGUCAUUCAUUCAUUCAUGAGCCAUACCACAGCCGCGGCCCAGAUGUCAUUCACUCAUUCAUGAGCCAUACCACAGCCGCGGCCCAGAUGUCAUUCACUCAUUCCUGGGCCAUACCACAGCCGCGGCCCAGAUGUCAUUCAUUCAUUCAUGAGCCAUACCACAGCCGCGGCCCAGAUGUCAUUCAUUCAUUCAUGAGCCGCGCCACAGCCGCGGCCCGGAUGUCAUUCAUUCAUUCAUGAGCCAUACCACAGCCGCGGCCCGGAUGUCAUUCACUCAUUCAUGAGCCGCGCCACAGCCGCGGCCCGGAUGUCAUUCAUUCAUUCAUGAGCCAUACCACAGCCGCGGCCCAGAUGUCAUUCAUUCAUUCCUGGGCCAUGCUGCAGCCGCAGCCCAGAUGUCAUUCAUUCAUUCCUGAGCCGCCACAGCCGCGGCCCGGAUGUCAUUCACUCAUUCAUGAGCCGCGCCACAGCCGCGGCCCGGAUGUCAUUCACUCAUUCAUGAGCCAUACCACAGCCGCGGCCCACGUGUCCUCUGGCUCAGGAGUCUUCCUGGUACUUUACACAUACACCGGGUGUCCUACUGAAAGCCGGCAUCGUGAGAAAGCGUCUUCCAGUUACCACUGGGGUUUUUCUCCCUAAAUUGCGGAGCUUGGCUGGAUCAUUAGCAACACCAUCUAAAUGGCAGAAGCUUACCUGACUGGCCAGUGCCGCUCACUUUUAUGUAUUUCAGGGAUCGCUCUUUCCCCUCGUAAGCAGGUGGCCAGGAUUGUGUUUCUUAUUUGAAGCACAACAGCAGAGAUGCUGGGGCAAGAGUUCUCCAAGCUGAGAAGGAGCUCUGGUGAUGACUGUAAAAUGCUCCCUGUGCAUCGUCUCCCAGACACCGGGUUUUUCCUCACUAAUUUGUGUUAGUCCAGAAAGGGAGAACCCUCUCACGUGAACACAUUGCUUUCUGCAUUGAGAUUAAGAUCCACCAAACAAAUCUCCAGAUAAAGACAUUAUAUAUCGUUAAAACAGAAAAAUGUGGCCUUGUUGUGUUGUUCAGAGUACCGGUAACCAACACCCUCAUCACCGUUGUUAAUGAUGCAAAGGCUGCAGGCGUGAUCCUGGCUGCCACCUCUCCCCUCCUGGGGUUGUCAGGAUCAGGAGCAAAACGCAGUGCACUCCCCCUCCAGCGCAGGGGGGCCCCGCGUCCUCUGUAACAGUGUUCCUGCCGGCUGCUGCCAGAAAGACUUGGGACUUGAGUUAGCUUCUGUCUGCCAACCUCAGCUAGCGUGGUGGGUGGUAAUGUAACGUGUGUGUGUGUGUGUGUGUGUGAGAGAGAGAGAGAGAGAGAGACAGGGAGGGAGGGAGGGUAAAGG